AUGCAGUCAUUCGCUGUACUGCAGGCGCUGCUGCUCCUGUUCGUCGUAGCUGUCUCCGGUGCGACGUCCGAUGAGGAUAUACAGCUCAGUGAAGAGCUCGGUGGGUCCGGUGGCGUCGCGUUCUCUGAUAUCGAGCUGGUCCGGUUCGGGCAAACCGCCCACACGAUCACUGUCAACGCCAAGGAGCGGAUCACCGCCGUGAUUCUACGAGUGGCGACACCAACCGAGCGAAUUCUAUCUCAUGGCGGAUGUAGCGGUACAGACAGCACACUCACUCUCGAAGAAGGGGAAUACGUCAACUCUAUGGAGAUUCACUGGGGUAAAAAGAGUUUGAGUAGACGGAUAUUCUACCUUAAAUUCACUACCAACAAGAAGCGCUGGGUGGCUGGGGGGACGGAGACGGAGGACAAUUCCAAAGUCACCGCUCCUGAAGGGUUCCAGCUUAGUGGGUUUUUCGGUCGUGCAGAGGGAGAUAUUUACCAGUUGGGUGCGAUUUGGACGAGAAUUAACGCGACAACUAAAGCGCUGACGGAUGUCAUGGGCACUGCAUGGUAUGGAGAUCGGAUCCGGAACUGGGUGGGCCCUACCAUUGGCGAUGCUGCCGACUCGGCAUGCUACAGGAAGAGGGAGUUUUAUGGGAGCGGGAAAUCCUGUCCUUUAGGAUACGGUCCGAACGGUAUCAGCUGUCUUGCGCAGUGUCCGAUUGCGUAUCCCGUCGACUGUUACGAAGAGUGUAUCCCUCAAAAUGACGAUUGCAGUGGGGAGAUUCUCCAAAAGACGGCUUCCGUGGUGUCUGCAGUGUUCAACACAGUGACUGCAGGGAUAUUUGGCCUUGUGUUUUCGUCAUACAAGAAAGCGAAACAAAAUUUCCUCUGCGCGGCCAACAUCAUUGGUGUCAUGAAGUCCCUCAUCUACUAUCUUCGCUUCCAGCGCACGACGGCGCCAGAAGGGACAGUCGAAGAGAUGCUCGCUAUCGCGUAUCAGUCCAACGUCGUGAUCUUCGACCUGCCCAUCGCUGUUGCCAAUUGUCUUGGAAUUGAAGUUCCCACCAAAGCCAUGGUCGCCAACAUCGUGUACAUCGUGGUAGAGAAUAUCGUCAAGCAAGUCAUCGUCAACGGCGACCAGAUCUUCUCAUCCGCUGCCAACGUCCUUGCUCUUCUCUCUAACGCCACUAUCAUCAAAACUACUACUGAGGAAUCGACAGUCGAAGAACUUCAGGAUCUACUUGAUUCUGACACAACGUGUGGGUAUCAGUUAAAAAACCUCACGGAUCAUAUCGUGUCGACCAUUCACAAUAUUCGCAACAAGACCCCGAAAGCUACGGUUAAUGACAUUCGCAUUAAAAUCAGCGACACGUCAAUUGUUCUGCGGGAUAUUCCCACCGCUACCAACAAUUGUUUGCGGGAAUUACUGAGGAACAAAACCACUGAGGCUGCAUUUGAGACCCGCGACUUAAUCCGCAGGACUUUCGGAGUGAUUGUCGACCAACUGGUCGAGACGAACUCGACGGAUAUGGGGCAAUCUCUUGCGGAAGACGACUACACUCUCGAUGCCGCCAACCUGGCGCUCGUAGUGCUGGGCGGUAUGGAUCCUACCGGUAUUGCCUGGAUGUUGUCGCAAUUUAUUCAACCGACUUGUGGCCCCACUGCGUUUAUCGGAGAGAUUGACGACGGGAAUCUGCAUGACGCACUGGGACUCAAGACGAUGGACGAGGCGUUUAAAGGCAGUUAUGGCACCUGGACGAAGGAGGGCGAUGGCAAGAUAAGAAUCUACUUUGAAAGCACCGAUACCAAAGAUGUGACGGUAACUAUGCAUUCGGGGGGUGCAGUGUUCACGAAGGUCAAAGUUCCGGCGAAAAGCAGAGUAAAAUGGACUGAGAAGCUCUCCAAGCUGCAAGACAAGGUGCUGUACUUGGAUCGCUGGCGUCCUAGUGUGGUUGGCGUCCCUGUAUCGUCCGGUGGGUCCUUGGUACUGUGGAUCCCGAGGUCGUACGAUGGAGGACAUCUUACCAUGCAUGUAAGGAUCAAUGACAGCUAA